AUGCAUCGCACGUACAGCAUGCGCCAGUCGCGUGCCCCUACGGCAUCGCAGAUCCAGAACCCACCACCGCCGUCGUCCUCCACCAAGGCCGGCCGCAUCUUUGGCAAGAGCAACAUCGGUCACACCUUCCGCAAGUCGGUUCACCCCGGCGCCUUCGGUCCUGAUCUCGCCAAGAAGCUGUCCUCGCUGGUGAAGAUGGAGAAGAACGUCAUGCGCUCCAUGGAGCUGGUCGGCAGGGAGCGCAUGGAGGUCGCUCAACAACUCUCCAUCUGGGGUGAGGGCUGCGACGACGACGUCUCCGAUGUCACCGACAAGCUCGGUGUCCUCAUCUACGAGAUUGGCGAAUUGGAGGACCAAUUCGUCGACCGCUACGACCAGUACCGUGUCACCAUCAAGAGCAUCCGCAACAUCGAAGCUUCCGUCCAGCCUAGCAGAGACCGCAAGCAGAAGAUCACCGACCAGAUUGCUCAGCUCAAGUACAAGGAGCCAAACAGCCCAAAGAUUGUUGUGCUCGAACAGGAGCUUGUUCGUGCUGAGGCCGAGUCCCUCGUUGCUGAGGCCCAGCUGUCCAACAUCACCCGCGAGAAGCUCAAGGCUGCCUUCAACUACCAAUUCGACGCCCUUCGCGAGCACAGCGAGAAGCUGGCCAUCAUUGCCGGCUACGGCAAGCACCUUCUGGAGCUUGUUGACGACACUCCAGUGACUCCCGGUGAGACUCGCAAUGCUUACGAUGGCUACGAGGCGUCCAAGGCCGUCAUCCAGGAUUGCGAGGAUGCUCUCACCAACUGGGUCGAACAAUCCGCAGCUGUCAGCUCCAAGCUUUCCACCCGCACACGAACCCUGUCCCAGCGCCGACGUAACAACGCUGCCGGUGUCGACCUCUCCGGCCAGGACCAGGACCGCGAGUCUGGGCUCUGGGUGCCAGCCAGCCAGCACCAGGGUAACCAAGAAUUUGAGGAUGAAGAGGAUGAGAUCGCCAGGGGCCGUGAGGAGGAGCGUGUGGCUGCUUAA